GGACCCCUCCCCUCGCGUCGCCUCGCCUCCUCCUCGCGCGCCGACUCCCGGAGAUGGGGAGAGAAGUUCGCCCCGCGGCGCGGUUAAAUGAACAUUAAACUGCGCUUCAGCAUCGGUAAGCUGGGGGGGAAAAGAUAAUAACAACAAAAAAAAAGACCUCCGGAGAAGCUUUCCAGGGAAUGCUGAGGAACAUCCCACAGCGGAAGACUCACCGGUUCCAGCUUUUCAGAAGAAGAGCGAAAAGKGGAAAAAGGAGACCUCAAUUAAUGCGCAGUUAACUGUUAGAAGAAGUGGGACACUCGGGUCAGUAAAGGGACACUCCUGCUUUUAUCUGCGUGAAUUCGCGGAGGUCCUAAAAGACAGGAAGAGAGCAGAGCAACAAGAAGAGCGAAGUGAACGGGACUCAGGAUGAACAGCAACAAAACCGAGAAGGAAAACGAGCAGAGUGAAUUCACCAACCACGAAGAGGAGGUCCGAACACUGUUUGUCAGCGGGCUUCCACUGGAUAUCAAACCCCGCGAGCUGUAUCUCCUCUUCAGACCAUUUAAGGGCUAUGAAGGAUCCUUGAUAAAACUGACUUCUAAACAGCCGGUGGGGUUUGUCAGCUUUGACAGUCGAUCAGAGGCGGAGGCUGCUAAGAAUGCCUUGAACGGGGUCCGAUUUGAUCCAGAGAUCCCCCAAACUCUGCGGCUGGAGUUUGCCAAGGCCAACACGAAGAUGGCUAAAAACAAGCUGGUCGGCACCCCCAACCCCCCUCCCUCCCAGCAGAGCCCGGGACCACAGUUCAUUAGCAGAGACCCAUAUGAGCUCACAGUGCCUGCUCUAUACCCCAGCAGCCCAGACGUGUGGGCGUCAUACCCGCUGUACCCGACAGAGCUGUCGCCAGCCCUGCAGCCUGCUUUCACCUACCCCUCCUCGCUCCACGCUCAGAUCCGUUGGCUCCCGCCUGCAGAUGGAACUCCUCAGGGAUGGAAGUCCAGGCAGUUCUGCUGAAAUAUGUGCUCCUGAUGUGUGAUGGUGGCCGUGGCCGGCUGUGACGGACGCUGCUUAUUGCCUCUUGUUAUAAUAAAAAAAUCAAGGAGGGUGGGACCAAUCGGACUCCAGACCCCGGAGCAGCGCGCCGUCGGCAGCAGCAGCAGCCUUUAUGGGCUUCAGGACACACUAGACCCCAGCCUYCAUCACACAUCAAUCCUUUCCCCAAAGUCUUUGCAAUUUUUAUUUUUAUUUUUUAUAUAUACUUUUACUUACUCAAGCUUUUACAGCCGGUGCUUUGGCGACACUUCUCCUGUGACACAAACCUGAUGACGGAGUCUGCUUCGCUUACCGACCCACCGUGUCACCUCUUUCAACCCGAGCGGAUCUCCGGCUUUGCAAAAUGUGCACGAACAGACUUCAGCGAGUCGUUUUGCAAAGCUAAGACUCAAGGAAGUGUGGCUAAAGUACUAUUGAGUUAUGUUAUAAUAAAAAUAAUUAAUAUUAUUCUGUAUAUCAUUCAUAUCAAUGUUAUUAUAAUAAAUACAUGUCCAAGCAUGACUUUACAAAAAAAAAAAGAAAAAAAAUAGAAACAAUGCUGUAAAUUUUUUGAUAUUUUAAUGAAAUACAAAAAAAAAAGAAGUAUUUUUGUAAUCAAGACACACGUUGAGAUGUUUUGAUUGAUUUGUUCCUGCGGAGGAUUUUUCAGAUUCUUUGUCGUUUUGUGCCAUGAAGAAAAAAGAAAAAGAAGAAAAGCGUCACCCUGCCAUACCAAAGCGGUCCUGUCACUUUCUGUCUUUUUUUGAUACUCGACGGCGUGGAUUUUGAUUUGUUCGUGCGUAGCUUUUUAUGUGAUUUUAUUUAAAUAAAAUUAUAAUCCUUUUGUCUGCUUAGACCAUGCAGGAAACGUUGGCAUCCAUUUAGCUUUUUAUUUUAUUUUUUUGCAGCGAUCUGACGUGUUAAAAAGGCAGGGAUAAACCCAUCGUCGGUGUAGGUAAAGUGACCCCAGAGGCGGCGAUACAUUUCAAACUGACUCCUGCUAUUAAUAGGAGUUUGUGAACAGAGGAAAAACAAAAAGACCAAAGUUGUUUAAACUAUUAUUAAUUUUUUUUAACACUGGAGAGCAAGAAUUAUUCCAUUUCUGACUGCUUUGUAGUCCUCAGUCUGAUUUCUUGUGGUGUGACAACGUUAUUGCUGCAUGUCCCUUCUGGUGUCACUCCAAAGAGCCCUUCUACAUAAAAAAUAAAAAAGCAAUUUUUCUCCUUUGUCUAUUUUUAGAAAUCCUGUGUGAUUCAACCUGCUUUUGUAAAGUUUGAAUUUACAUAUAAGGAAAAAAAAAAAAAAACGCUCUUUUUGUAACCGGGUGUCUUUUUUGGGUCUGCAAUAACAUCCUGCUGUACGACAUAUCACCAAGUGAUCAUAUUUCUGUGACAUUUUGAUGCCAAAAUGAUCAUUCUUGUACUUCUCUGAUUUAUGUAGCUCUCUGAUAAAGUCAUGUUUUGUAUUAACAUGACAAGUUAAAAAAAAUUUAAGUGCUGUAAGACAAUAAAAAAUAAACAUUAUUCCCUGUAAUGUUAAUUGCGGGUGUGUGAAAUCCUCUCGGACUGAUUGAAUCAUAUACAUUAGUGUCUUUUAAGUGUUGAAUAAUAAUAUGCUUCAUAUAAAGAUGUACUGUAUCAGCUGGUUUAAUAAAAAAAAUAUUUUUUCUUUUACAAUUUUAUGCCAAAUGUGGCGCCAAAAUUUAUUAGAACAAGUAUUUAUAGAAAAUGUGUGAGUGUUUGUGUUUUAAAAGAGGGAUUUUUUUUAAAGUUCAUAGAAAUUUCCUGUUGUAUAACUCUUUGUAAGUAUUAAUUGUAUUUUAUUUUUUAAGCUUUGGUUUGUGGCUGUCCGAUCGGAUCAGUCUGUGAUAUGUGAAUGCUGUUAGAAUUCACUGUGAAAUUCAGAAAGGAAGAUGUUUCUUGAACAAAAGGGUCUUUUUUUCAUGCUUCCCCCUCUCAACAUUACAUGUAUGGUACAAAAGUUCUUGGAAAAUCGAUAGGAUGAUCCCUCCUCUUGUCAACRAAAGAUAUUCCUUUACUCGAGUCGGUUCAUUGUGUUAACUGUGUGUUGUGCAUGUUCAUGGCAUGUUUGUUUCUUUUCCUAAUGCAUACAGUACUGGUGAUAUAUCUGUACUUUAGCCGCUGUAAAGAGAAAGUGUAUUUCAAUCAAUCGUAGACCUUUUUUGUUGAUUUGAAACAACAAAAAAAAAAUGCUGAUUGAAUUGAUAAGUUUUUAUGAAAAUGUUGAAUGAAGACAUUUCAGUCCAUCUGCCAUUAAAGAUUGACAUUAUA